ACGCACAGCAAAACCCUAGCGCAGUCGGAGCACACUAUAUAAUAUAGACUCAAUCCCAAACCCUAGAGUUUCAGAUCCUCAAUCGGCCAACACCAACAGCUCCGGCGGCGACCGUCACUCUCCAACAACCCUUCCGCGGCGAAAAUGUCUCUGGUGGCGAACGAGGAUUUCCAGCACAUUCUGCGUGUGCUGAACACUAACGUGGAUGGCAAGCAGAAGAUAAUGUUCGCUCUCACCUCCAUCAAGGGUAUUGGUCGGAGAUUCGCCAACAUGGUUUGCAAGAAGGCCGAUGUUGACAUGAACAAGAGGGCUGGUGAGUUGAGUGCUGCUGAGUUGGAUAAUUUGAUGACUGUGGUGGCCAACCCUAGGCAAUUCAAGAUCCCAGAUUGGUUUUUGAACAGAAAGAAGGAUUACAAGGAUGGCAAGUACUCUCAGGUUGUGUCUAAUGCUCUUGAUAUGAAGCUAAGGGAUGACUUGGAGAGACUCAAGAAAAUCAGAAACCACCGUGGUUUGAGGCACUACUGGGGCCUUCGUGUCCGUGGUCAGCAUACUAAAACUACUGGCCGCAGGGGGAAGACUGUUGGUGUCUCUAAGAAGCGUUAAGAUGUUAUGCCUUGGCUCGGAGUUGUUAGAUUUUGUUGAGGAGGCAAAUUUGAAGUACAUUAGACAUGUUUUGCAUACCAACUUUGUAUCGGUUGUUAGAUGCUGUGACAAUUUCAAUUUUGUUUGUUAUUUGUGUUAAGCGUCCGUCUAGUUGAAUGUUGGUUUUUUAAGUCGUUGAGAACCUUGAAUAGUAUUGAUGAAUCAUGAAAUUACAUAUUCACUUUAAUGAUUAUUCCUGGAAGGAAAA